CGCACGCGCACUGGCGGGCACUCACUCGCCCGCCGCCCGGGAGGAGAAGGAAGGCAUGGAAAGUUCCAGCCGGUUCGAGAGCUAGCCAGAGACUGCUGCUACUUUGAAACGUACGAUAGAGGCCCUGAUGGACAGAGGAGCAAUAGUGAGGGACUUGGAAAACCUGGGUGAACGAGCGCUUCCUUAUAGGAUCUCUGCCCACAGUCAGCAGCACAACAGAGGCGGUGGGGUGGGGUUACCCCAAAGGGCAGACUGGUUUAUUGAGCAUCAGCUGGGAAAAUCAGCGGUUGGACUUGGCCACACAUGCCAGCUCAUCCUUCUUCUUGAUGGCAAAGGAGUUGGAGGAGCCCUUGGUGGCAGUGAUGAGCUCAUCUGCCAGGCACUCAGCAAUGGUCAUGAUCUCCCGGAGGGCACCCUCAAGAGUGCCUGUGCACAGCAGCCAGGUGGUCUGAUUCACAUGGUGCAGUGGGGACACGUCCACAGCCUGUCAUCUCACAGUCCCUGCUCACCCAAAGCCUGUGGAGUCCUCCUGGGGACCACCAUUGAUGAUGGUGUUCACCAGGACCUGGAGGUAUUUCUUGGUGGAUUUUUAUGCACCCACCGCAGCUGUUGAAAGCAUGGUGGAGCACUUGUCUCGAGAUAUAGAUGUGAUUAGAGGGAAUAUUGUCAAACACCCUCUGACCCAGGAACUAAAAGAAUGUGAAGGGAUUGUCCCAGUCCCACUCGCAGAAAAAUUAUAUUCCACAAAGAAGAGGAAGAAGUGAGAAGAUUCGCCAGAUUUUAGCCUUAUAUGUAAUUCCUUCACAUUUGGGCAGCAUGGACGAGAAGGAAGAGUUUGCAAGUUUGGCCUUUAUAUAAGCAUGUGUUGCAGGUGCUGUUUGAUUUUUCUAAGGUAUUUUUAGCCCUUGAUCCCCUUUGCUUGCGAGAGGUGGGGAACUGCUCACUGACAGCUUCUCUGUAACCUGCAGUACCAGUGGAUCAUUCUUGAUUUUGUUUUCAUUAGUGUCAUUUCUUUGUCAGUGAGGACUUUUCCCCUUACAACAGUAACACCAUUUUUUGAAGAGCAAAACUUGUAAUACCUCCUGGGAUUGUGAGCUAGUCAUUCAGCCUGUGUAACCAUGCGCAAAUAAAAAUUGACGACCAAUGUAUUAUAUGGACAACUUUUGCUUUGAGUAAUAAACUUGAUUGUAGGAA